AUGUCACCCGCUGCUGAGACCGCGCCGCUGGCGAGGUGCGCACUAGGGCAGAGAGGCUGGUACACGAGCGAAGCGCCGCACGAGAUCUCCGAAGCGUCUAAAGACAUUAAGGCGGCCCAGCAGCAACUGCGUGGGGCCUCAAGGAACAGAGCCUUCGAGGCGACCCUAAAGGCGAUGCUCAAGGCGGCGCGGAAGAAGCGCAGCAUCGCGAGCUGGAGAGCACUGGAAACGUUCUUCGAGGGCUACUUAUGGCAGCUCGAGAAGCAGAGCCGCGAGGGGGAUCAGGCGGGUUUCUACAGGCACCUCAAGAUGAUCGACGUCGAAGGUAAGAGGUCGUUCACCCCUCAGAACAUCAAGGACGAGGACGGCAAGGUCCUUCGGGACCUCGUGUUUAUUCGCCAACGGUGGGCACGGUGGUUCCACAAGCUUCUCAACACCAAGUCGCCGACCAUCGACCUGCAUGCGGCUGACAAGGUCAAGCGGUGGCCCACGUGCGUGCCACUCGACGACAUCCCAUCUCUACUUGAGGUUGAGGAAGCGGUACGGGAAAUGGCCAACAGAAAGGCCAUCGGGCCGGACGACCUACCGGCUGAGCUGAUCAAGCGUUUCGUGGACGGAGAUCAAGGACUCCUCCGCGAGUUCAACGCCACUGUCGUGGACGUGUGGCAGACGGGGAGCGCACCACAGCAGUGGAAGGAUGCCACCAUCAAAGUGCUGUUCAAGAAGGGGGACACGAUGGAGUGUGGCAACUACCGGGGCAUCUCUCUCGUCGCACACGCCGGCAA